GAGACCUCUGAACAUGUCACUAUACCAAAGUGCGAAGACCACUUCAAUGGGUCUUCUCUUCCGCUGUUACAACUCCACCACUGGCUAUGAGCCUCACCAAUAACUUGCCUAACCCACUUGGUGCUCUCUGUCAUUCCCGUCUAAUGGCUCUUCAUCGCCUCGACCCUCAAUCCGCCGCGGAGAAGGCCAUCUCCGUUAUUGGGUUUGGCUACGAUUUGACUAGAGAUGUCAGAUUGUCUGCUUGCAAACCGGGUCCUUCCGGGUCGAGAUUGAUCGAGUUUGACCCAACUCUCACUCGAGAACUUGUCGUUCCUGGCGGGAUUGUUGUUAGAAACGUUUCCACUCGAAUCAAGUGUGAUAAGGGGGAGCGUACUAGGUUCCGUUCUGGUGUUCUCUCUUUUAAUCAGAUGUCGGAAAAGUUCAAUCAGGAUCUUUCUUUGUCAGGUAAAAUUCCCUCAGGAAUAUUUAAUGCCAUGUUUGACUUCAAGGGAAGCUGGCAGAAAGAUGCAGCUUCUGCAAAAAAUCUUGCUUAUGAUGGUUGGUUCAUAACUCUAUAUAAUAUAGAGCUGCAAAGAUCCCAUUUAGCCUUGUCCGAGCAGCUGAAACAAGAAGUGCCUACUUCAUGGGAUGCUGCUGCCCUUGCUGAAUUCAUUGAGAAAUAUGGUACUCAUAUCGUUGUUGGAGUAAAGAUGGGUGGUAAAGAUGUAAUACACAUAAAGCAAUUACAAAAAUCAAAUGCUCAGCCUCCUGAAAUACAGAAAUUGUUAAAGCAAGUAGCUGACGAGAGGUUUUCCGAUAAGGAAGAUGAACAUUCUGUGUUAUGUGAUCCCUGUGGAUUUGCCACCUCAAUGGGGCCAACUGUCAUUACUCCCAUAAAAAAUGAGGAUAUACUGAGCAUUUCUGUUCGAAGGGGAGGUGUAGAUAUUGGUCAAAGUCAUUAUCAGUGGCUCCCCACAAUAUCACAGUCACCAAAUGUCAUUUCAAUGUCCUUUGUGCCUGUAACUUCUCUUUUAGGUGGUGUCCGAGGCAAUGGAUUUUUAAGUCAUGCAGUCAAUCUUUACCUUCGAUACAAACCGUCCAUAGAGGAACUCCAUCAGUUUUUAGAGUUUCAGUUACCUCGGCAGUGGGCUCCAGAAUAUGGUGAUCUACCUCUUACUCUUGAGCGCAGAAAGCAAGCAUCCCCAUCUCUCCAGUUUACCUUUAUGGGCCCUAAGCUUUACGUCAACACCAUGCAGGUGGAUUCUGGAAAUCGGCCAGUGACAGGAAUCCGUUUAUAUUUGGAAGGAAAGAGAAGUGACCGUUUGGCUAUCCAUCUCCAGCAUCUUUCGAUUCUUCCCAGUAUUCUCCAACUCUCAGAUGAUCAUAGAUAUGAGACCAUCGAGGAACCUGUGGAACGAGGCUACGUCGAACCUGUUAAAUGUAGCAUAUUUUCCCAUGUGUGUACUGCCCCAGUGCGUUACAAUGGCCCCCACAUUGAUGACUCUGCUUCUAUUGUGUCAAGGGCCUGGUUUGAGGUUAAGAUAAUUGGGAUGAAGAAAGUUUUGUUCCUGAGGCUUGGAUUCUCAAUGGUGGCAUCAGCAAGGAUCCGCAGAUCAGAAUGGGAUGGACCUUCAACUUUGCCGCGGAAAUCGGGGGUCAUCUCAAUGUUGAUCAGCACAAGGUUCAGUGCUGGUCUGAAUCCACCACCAGAAAAGCCAGUGAAAGUGGAUGUGAAUUCUGCGGUUUUUCAUGGAGAUCCACCCUCGCCAACAAGGGCACCAAAAAUGUCAAACUUUGUGGACACAAAGGAAAUCGUGAGGGGUCCAGAUGAGGCGCCUGGAUACUGGGUGGUCACUGGUGCCAAGCUGUGUGUAGAAGGUGGUAGAAUCUCAAUCAAAGUGAAGUAUUCAUUAUUAGCUAUAAUGUCAGAGGAGUCGAUGAUGUUGAUGUGAGAAAGCUCAUGUAAUAGGGCCUUAAUCCUAAACUAGUUGAGGUCGAUUUUAUAGAUACAUUUUCACCAUUUAGUUCUAUUGGGAUACCAAGUCUGCAUUAAUAGACCAAAUAUAUACCAAUUUAUGUUCUGCUGUAAAUAAUACCAGUGUUACAGUGUACAUUAUUUGCUCA